AUGACUGUUGGAAGCACCCCGUACCCCUUCCAGUUUGACACUCCCCCGAUUGCCACAUCGAGUGAAGAUGGCACCACCACUGAUGUUAGCCUGGCCUUGAAGAAUGUGCGCGGGAAGAUCCCAUCGGCCCAAGCUUCUCGCCUGCGGACAAUGAUGCUUGAGGCCCACAACGAUCCGGACAAGAUCAUCGCCCACGCCUGCACCUACGACGGAUUGUCGUCACGUCUCGUUGAGGAAGCGGGUUUCCCGAUUGUCUUCCUCGCAGGGUACGCUAUGGCGAGCGCCCAAGGCCUCCCAGACACGGGAUACAUUGCCUUGGAAGAUGUAUGCCAUAAGAUCCAGGAGGCGGUGCGCGUCACGAGCAUCCCCGUCAUGGCGGACGGUGACACGGGGUAUGGUGGUCCGAUGAAUGUGAGGCGGACAGUGGAAUGCUAUGCUGCCGCUGGAGCAGCUGGAGUGAUGAUUGAGGAUCAGACGUGGCCGAAGAGGUGCGGACACACCAAGGGAAAAUCCGUCGUGUCACGGGGCGAAGCGUACGCGCGCAUCCAAGCUGCCGUGGACGCACGUAACCAGGGUCAGGAUAUCUUUAUCCUGGCACGGACAGAUGCCUUGAUUCACGGGUGGGAAGAGGCCAUGACCCGCGUCAAAGAGUUCAAACGCAUUGGCGUCGACGCUGUGUUUGUCGAGGCCUUGCCUGACCGCGAAGCUAUGAAGAAGUGUGCCGCGGAAGUACAGCUGCCGAUAUUUGCCAACAUCAUCGAAGGGGGUAAGACGGAGAAUCUCUCUGCAAAAGAACUUGCAGCCAUGGGGUAUGCGGCUGUUGCCUACCCCUGGACGCUGGUAGCCGCCAAAUUGAAGAGCGUUCGCGAGUCUCUGGAUGGAUUGAAACGCAGUAUGACUACGGGAGCUCCACCUAUGAUCCUGGGGUAUUCGGAGGUGUGUGAGGGUGUUGGGUUCAAUAAGUACUGGGUAAGCUGUUCCCUACGUGGAUGGAGAAAAUGGCAUUUCUGA